UGUAGACUGCAUAAGGUCCAGCUUAGCUUAUUUCUCACUUUCAGUUCCCAUUUGUCUGUUGAAGUCGACAUUGCGUGUUUCUCUGUGAAGCAAGAGGAAAAAGUCAACUUUUAUCACAAGCCUCAAGAGCCAAGGUUCUCAUGCUGUCCGGUUUAGUCUUGUUUACAUGAUGGAUGGCUUUGUCAUAUCUCCAUCAGAAGAAAUCAUUUCAAAUGAGGCUGCGAAUUAUCGAUCACCGGUGGACCUGUACAACUACCUAAACAGUGUGGGGGAGAGUUACGAAGACCACAAAUGGGCCCUCCAUUCUGAUCGAGUCCAGCCUUCAGACUUUGAAAAUUCCCCAGUGAAUCAUCUGACAGAGCUGCAGGCGGUAUCAUCUCAACAACUCAUCCAACCCUUUCGGUACAGCAGCGACCCCCUGCACCUUCACCUGGACCCUCCACUCGCUCCUCUCUCCCUGUCCUCACAGAUCCCAUAUUACACCCAGGCCCUGUGCUACCAGUACCCCCCCUCAGCCUCACCUGGACAUUACUACAAAGAGGAGGAACAAAGAGCCAUCAGUCCCCCGCUGGAGGUCUCAGAGGGGGAGGAUGAGUGUGAGGACCGCGGCCACUCUUUUUUUCGAAGAGACACUAACAAUAAGAAGAAAAUCCGCCUGUACCAGUUCCUCUUGGACUUGCUUCGCAACGGCGACAUGAGUGACAGCAUCUGGUGGGUGGACCAGGACAAAGGCAUCUUCCAGUUCUCCACAAAACACAAAGAAGCUCUGGCGACCACCUGGGGCAUUCAGAAAGGAAACCGCAAAAAAAUGACCUACCAGAAAAUGGCUCGAGCUCUGAGGAACUAUGGUAAAACAGGAGAGAUUAAGAAAGUGAAAAAGAAGCUCACCUACCAGUUCAGUGAGGAGGUUCUCCGGAGCCUGUGUUUACACCAGUACCAUCACUGAUGUAGGAACAAAGUUUGUCUAUCAGAGGGCUGAGACUAAACCUGACAAAAUCAUGGUUUGCUUGUAGAUUUGCUUCAACGCUUUGUUUUUCUGCCAAAUUGUCAGAUUUAUUUAUUUGUAAUGCCAGUGGGUGACAUUCAUUACCGUCCACUUAAAAUUGCUUCAUUUGACUCAAAUUAAGUUUCUGUGUCUAAAGGAAAAAUGAAAACCCACAAUCAUGAUAGCUUUGUUGCAUUAGUGUCUACAUUGUGUGUCUACAUACCUCACACUGUAGCCUUUAUUGUUUAAUUACUGAAAUAAAGUAAGUUCAUUUUUUGGACAUGCAUAACAACUUGGUUUAAAUUUUUGUGAACAUAUGGUCAGAUAAGAUUCAAUUUAAACUGUAAAAUAAAAACUGUUAAAAACUCCAAUUGAAUUUGUAGUUUGAAGACUUGUUGAAAAUUUGAUAUGGA